CGUGGAUUCUCACUGCUGGUCUGUUCACCAAUACAUGAUCAAGCCAUUCAUGUCUAUGGUAUGUUGUUUUGCUCCCAGAAAAGCGGAGAGAAUCUACCACUCACGCAAUAUCCCGGUACCUACUUUAUAAGUUUAUCAACAUUCGCUCAUCCAGCCGCGAUGCGGCACGUGCGCCAGCAAACAGUUUCAUAAAUAGGCGCGUUGAUUCGGCCAGGCGUCAGAUACUCUCGACCGGUCGACGUGAACGGACUGUGCUUAGCGUGAUUAUUUUUAGAAGUGUUAGAAAAGUCAGUCAAGGGAGCAGUAAAUAUUUGAUAUUUGCGAAAGAUGGAAGUGGUAUUUACAAUCAACGGGAAACUGUACAAAGUGAAUCCUCAUUCCGUCUCUGUGGAUACCUCUUUGGGCACUUUCAUUAGAAAACAUGCCCAACUUAGUGGAACAAAGAUGGUUUGCCGCGAGGGAGGCUGCGGUUCGUGUAUCGUUAACUUGAACGGCGAACAUCCACUAACCAGAGAACGGCAGAGCUGGGCUGUGAAUUCGUGCCUGUUUCCGGUUUACUCUUGCCAUGGACUAGAUAUCGUAACUGUCGAAGGAAUUGGCAACAAGACCAAGGGAUUUCACGAUGUUCAACGUCGUCUGGCGCACUUCAACGGCACUCAAUGUGGAUUUUGUUCGCCUGGUAUGGCCAUGAACAUGUACAGCCUUCUGGAAUCAAAACAGGGUAAAGUUACAAUGGACGAAGUUGAAAAUGCGUUUGGAGGGAAUCUUUGUCGCUGUACUGGUUAUCGUCCGAUAUUAGAGGCAUUCAAGUCUUUGGCUGUUGAUGCUGAGCCACGGUUGAAGGAGGCAUGUCAAGAUAUUGAAGAUCUGCCAAAAAUCUGUAACAAUACGGGCAAGCCCUGCCAAGGAAAAUGCAGCGCGGUGCCGAAAAAAGGUUUACAUUUUAUCUUCGACGAUAAGCGCGAGUGGCAUAAGGUGUACAACAUUCACGACGUGUUUGCCAUAUUCGAAAAGAUUGAAAAUAGACCCUACAUGCUCGUGUCCGGAAAUACGGCCCAUGGUGUAUACCGUAGAAAAACAAACUUAGAGGUAUUCAUUGACAUUUCUUCAAUAGAAGAAUUGAAAUUCCAUUCGUUAGGUAGCAGUCUCACCAUCGGAGCAAAUACCACUUUGAGUAAGCUAAUGACUAUACUUCAGCAGGCAGCUAGUAGCAAUCCACAAUAUACCUACUGCAAGGAACUUGUGAAGCACAUAGAUCUAAUUGCAAACGUUCCUGUGAGAAACUCUGGAACCAUAGCCGGUAAUCUGAGCAUCAAGAAUCAAUACAAUGAGUUCCCUUCCGAUUUGUUUCUUAUCUUUGAAGCGGUUGGGGCGCAGAUAACAAUAGCUGAAGCUGGUGGAAAAAUAUUCACGGCAUCACCCAAUGAUUUUUGCAAUAUCGAUAUGUGUAGAAAAAUUAUUCUCAGUAUUGUCUUACCACCACUAGAUCCACAGAUCUACGAGAUAAGAUCGUUCAAAAUAAUGUCACGUGCGCAAAAUGUUCAUGCAUACAUUAACGCUGCAUUUAUGUUUGAAUUUGAGCCAGAGAUGGCCUCGAUUAGGUCGACAUCAAUCUGCUAUGGAGGAAUAAAUACAACGUUCACUCAUGCAUCGAAUACGGAGACCUUCUUGAUUGGGAAAAAUAUAUUCUCUACUAAAGUCCUUCAAGACACCUUAAACAUAUUGAACUCAGAACUCAACCCGGACUGUCAGCCGUCACACGCAUCUCCCACAUAUCGCAAACAUCUCGCACUCUCCUUAUUCUAUCGGGCUAUUCUCAACAUUGCUGACAAGCAUGGAAUCUCUAUAAACACUCGUUACAUUUCUGGAAUUGACGGAUUCGAUAGACCACUGUCAACGAGCAAACAAGAAUUCCAAACAAUCCGCGAAAACUGGCCUAUGACUAAGAACAUCCCCAAAAUCGAAGGUCUUUUGCAAACCUCCGGACAGGCAAAAUACGUCGAAGAUCUGCCACCAGUUCCGGGAGAGCUUUACGCCGCAUUCGUCAGUGCCACCCGUCCCAGGACGAAAAUUUUCAAUAUCGAUCCCUCACCAGCCCUAGAACUUCCAGGAGUUCAUGCAUUCUAUUCUGCGGAAGAUAUUCCAGGUCGGAAUGAUUUCAUGCCCACUGAGUUGGGCGAACCUCAUGUCGAGGAAAUAUUCUGCAGCGGAAGUGUUCUGUACAAUGGUCAACCAGCGGGCAUCAUACUUGCAGAAUCUUUCGAACUCGCCUAUCAGGCAUCUAAACUGGUGCACAUCACGUAUAGUGAACCUGAUGGUAAACCAAUUCUCCCAACACUCAAACAUGUGUUGGCGGCAAAUGCCAGCGAUCACCUUCAUGAUCAACCGUACGACAAGGAAGGUGAACAAUACAAUAAAGAAUCAGUCUCUAACGGUGCUUUCAAAACGGUCGAAGGCCGGUUCGAGCUUCCUGGCCAGUUCCAUUUUUCGAUGGAACCUCAAGUAUGCAUCUGCGUUCCAAAUGAAGACAGCAUGGAUGUCUACAGCUCUACGCAGUACAUCGACAUUUGCCAGGUUGCCAUUGCGCAGGCAUUGAACAUCCCGGAGAAUAGUUUGAACUUCUAUAUUCGUCGCCUGGGUGGUGCAUUUGGGUCGAAAAUUUCACGGGCUUCGCAAGUAGCGUGCGCCUGUGCGAUUGCCGCACACUUCAGUCAACGACCGGUGCGAUUGGUGCUGUCCGUAGAAUCGAACAUGGAAGCUAUUGGAAAGAGAGCUUCCUGCAUUAGUGACUACCGAGUGGACGUGGAUGAAAACGGGAAGAUCUUGAAACUAGUCAAUAAUUACGUGGAAGAUUACGGAUGCAGUUUGAAUGAACCGGUCGAAAUGGUUACGGCACAGUUUUAUAAAAAUUGCUACGACGCUAGCCGGUGGAAGUUGGUUGGCAAGGCUGCCAUAACCGAUUCAGCCAGCAAUACCUGGUGCCGUGGGCCGGGUACCAACGAAGGUAUUACUAUGGCCGAGAACAUAAUGGAAAACAUUGCGCAUGCGCUCGGAAAGGAUCCGCUGACGGUAAGGUUGGAAAAUAUGCAUGAGGAUUGCAAAAUCAGGAAAUUAUUGCCGGAAUUCGUUCAAGAUGUGGAGUAUGAAAAACGGAAGCGAGAAAUUGAAGAUUUUAACGAGUCUAAUCGAUGGAAGAAACGCGGGAUCGCUAUUGUUCCGAUGCAGUAUCCACAGGUGUUCUUCGGGCAAAUGCAUGCUCUAGUUUCGAUCUACCACAUUGACGGAACCGUGUCCAUUACGACCGGUGGAAUAGAUAUGGGACAGGGGGUAAAUACAAAGGUAGCUCAAGUGGCGUCACGAAUUCUUGGCAUUCCAAUGGAGAAGAUCAGUAUUAAAGCGGUUAGUAAUCUUACAGCUCCUAAUGCAAUUGUCUCUGGAGGCAGUAUGACGAGCGAGUCGGCGUGUUUUGCCGUCAUGAAAGCUUGCGAGAAGAUACUGGAAAGAAUGAAACCCCUUCGGGAGAAAUUUAUUGACGAAACGUGGGAGCAAAUAACUCAUAGGUGUCACAACGAAAAGAUUGACCUCUGUGCAAUGUAUCAUUACAAGGAAGGAGACAUACAAAACUAUUUGGUAUGGGGACUGACUUGCGCCGAAAUGGAAGUAGAUGUUCUAACUGGCAACUUGCAGAUCAGAAGAGUUGACAUAUUAGAAGAUACCGGGGAAUCCAUUAGUCCAGGAAUUGAUAUCGGACAAAUUGAAGGUGCAUUCGUCAUGGGAAUCGGAUUGUAUUUCACGGAAAACCUGAUCUACAGUGGGGAAAAUGGUCAAUUGCUAACAAAUAGAACAUGGAACUAUCAUCUGCCUGGAGUAAAGGAUAUUCCGGUGGAUUUUCGAGUGAAGCUAAUCCAUAAUACGUACAAUGAGACAUUCGUUCUGCGAUCUAAAACGACUGGCGAACCCGCACUAAACAUGACGGUGGCUCUACUUUUCGCACUGAGACGUGCUUUGAACUCUGCGCGCAAAGAUGCUGGAUUAAGCGAUGAGUGGUACACUAUGGUGACUCCAUGCACUCCGGAACAAAUCUGUUUGGCAGCUGGUAGUAAAUCAAGUCAAUUCGCAUUUUAAGUACCGUCAAACGGGGUGACUUGCAACGGCGGGGUGACUUGCAACACUUGAUGUCUUCUGUCUAUGCUUAUCAACAAAAAAUAAAAAUCGGACGUUUACAUACCAAAACUCAGUUGAACUAUAAAGUACACAUACUAUCUGAGCAGUAGCCACGAUUUUUACUUUUAUGAAAAUAGUUCCAACAAAAUAUUCAUAAAUUUAACAUUAGUCUAAAAAAGUAACAAAAACGUGAGCCUCAAAUCGUUGUCUGCAAAACAAUGAAAACAAAAUUUUCCAAAAAGAUUAUUCUAUAUGCUUUGAGCUAUACAUAAUGAGCUAUAUGAAUUUCCAUUUUACUUUAUAAAAAUAUUACAAUAUCAUUGUUAUAUUCAUAUGUUUUGAAAUAUUGUACCGAGACGGGGUGACUUGCAACACUUAUUUUCUAAACAAUUCAAAGUCCAGAAAAACGAAAUAUUGUUGUUUGACUAAUAAUUCACCAGCAAAAGUCUGAAGGAUCAUCAUAUGAACUGAAAAAUACAUUAAAACUCAUGUAAAAUUUACAAUUAGUACUUUGGUGUUUUUGAGCCCAAUAUUUCCAUAUAAAAAAUUACAAUUCAAUUUCCUAUGUAAAAACAAAUGCAAAAAUAAGUUUGUCAGCCCAAACGAUAUCACAAUAGUAGCAAGAAUAGGCAAGAAUGCUUAUCAAAUAUGCUUGAAACUAAAAAUUAAUAUCUGCGUGUUUGAAAAGGGAUUUACAUUGGGUGUUGCAAGUCACCCCGCACGACGUCUUGUAUAAAAAACGACCUUAUUUGGCUUUUUCUACAUGAAAAAAUAAAUCAAUUUAUAACUUGUUUACUCUAUUUUAUAGAGGGGCUGGCUAUUAAAACUAUUACAAAUAGUUUGAAUUUUAAAAUUGAGUUUAAUCAACAUUUUUUGUUAAUUGAAGCUGAAAAGUGUUGCAAGUCACCCCGUUUGACGGUAUUUAUAUUUGAAGUACCUAUAAUUUCUACGUUUUAACAAUAAAUCAAUGGAUCAAUACA